UUAACUUUUUUUUUUCCCCACUAUUUUAACCUCCAUCUUUACUUUUUUUUUUUUUUUUUGUAAAUUUAAUAAAAUGCAAUAUUCUCGCGUAUCACCCCUUGCUCUUAGAAUCAGUCGUCUCUCUUCAACUGCUGCCUUACGUAGCGUUUCUCAAGUCAGAAACUUGCAUGUCCAAGUUCCUGCAUCUUUAUACACUGUUGGUUAUGAGCGUUUAAGACAAACAAACCGUCUCCAAAAGGGUGCUUUCAUGAACCAAAUCAGAACCUAUGCUGAUAAGGUUGUUAAGGUUCCUCAAAUGGCCGAGUCUAUUUCUGAAGGUACUCUCAAGCAAUGGGUGAAACAGGUUGGUGAUUUCGUUCAACAAGAUGAAGAAGUUGCUACCAUUGAAACCGAUAAAAUUGAUGUCACUGUCAACUCUCCCGCAUCAGGUACUAUUGUCGAAGUCUUUGCCCAAGAAGAAGACAAUGUCUCUGUUGGUGCUGAUUUCUUCAGAUUGGAACUUGGUGAUGCUCCCAAAGAAGGUUCCGCUCCUGCAGCAAAGAAAGAAGAAGUAAAGGAAGAGAAGCCUGUUGAGGAAAAGAAGGAAGAACCCAAGAAGGAAGAAGUCAAGAAGGAGGAACCUAAGGCUGCUGCUCCCAAGGCUGCUGCCCCUAAGGCUGCUUCUGCUUCUGCUCCUGCUGAAGCUCAAGAAGAAAAGGCCUAUGGUAACCGUGGUGAAAGCCGUGUCAAGAUGAACCGUAUGCGUCUCAGAAUCGCUGAACGUCUUAAGCAAUCUCAAGAUACUGCUGCUUCAUUAACCACUUUCAACGAAAUCGAUAUGACCAACUUGAUGAACCUCCGUUCCGAAUAUAAAGAUGCCGUUGUCAAGAAGCACGGUGUUAAGUUCGGUUUCAUGUCUGCUUUCGUCAAGGCCUCUGCUACCGCCCUUGAAGAAAUUCCCGCCGUCAACGCUUCCAUUGAUGGUCAAGAAAUCGUCUACCACGAUUUCGUUGAUAUGAGUGUUGCUGUCUCUACACCCAAGGGUUUAGUCACUCCUGUCCUCCGUAACGUUGAAGAUAUGGGUCUCAUUGAUGUUGAAAAGAACAUUGCUGAACUCGGUAAAAAGGCUCGUGAUAACAAGAUUACCAUUGAAGAUAUGGCUGGUGGAACCUUCACUAUCUCCAACGGCGGUGUCUUUGGUUCUUUGAUGGGUACACCUAUCAUCAACUUGCCUCAAACUGCCAUUUUAGGUAUGCACGCUAUUAAGGAAAGACCCAUUGUUGUUGAUGGAAAGAUUGAGAUCCGUCCCAUGAUGUAUGUUGCCCUUACCUAUGAUCACAGACUUGUCGAUGGUCGUGAAGCCGUUACAUUCUUGGUUAGAAUCAAGGAACUCGUUGAAGAUCCCAGAAGACUUCUUUUGGGUGUUUAAAUUUUAGAUGAUUACAACCCUAUCCCCCUACACACACACACACAAACCAUUUUGAUUUUUUUUGCAUUUUUUCCCCUUCUCUUAUUAAUAAACAACACACACACCACCACCACCCCACACACACACACACAACAAACACACUC